GCCAACCCCGCAACACUGGGUAGAACCGUCAGAACAGAGGAUAAUGAAACGCCGAUCGGGGCAAACAAAGCCAACGCUCCCGAUCCGAAGGCAAAUUCUGGAAAGAUUAGGAAACCAGCAGAAGGAAAUUGGCCGGGGUCGCCAACUCCCACUGGAGGUCACAGGGUGCUCCAGUUCGUGCCGACGACCCUCAGCAUUAAAUUUAAACCUGAUUAAUCCAACGCACAUCUACUGAAACUUGUAAGCCGGGACUGGAAAGCAAAAAUGCCCACCACCCAGCACUCACCGCAAGGUCACGCCCAAGCUCAAGGACUUCAAGGACACGAUGUCAAGGAGACGGCGGACGCUGGCGAAGCGGGCAACAUGCCCAAUCUGUCCACUUUAUCGCUGGACGAACUCAAACAAUUAGACAGAGAUCCAGAGUUCUUCGACGACUUUAUCGAAGAAAUGUCUGUGGUGCAGCACCUCAACGAGGAGCUGGACUCUAUGAUGAACCAAGUGGAGAACAUAUCAAGAGAAAACGAGUCCAAGGGCAGUCAUUUGGUGGAGCUUAAGCGACGCCUCAGCGAUGAUUACACGGCUUUAAAAACUCUGGGCGAAAAAUGCGACCAGCUGAAUAAGAAAUACUUGAAAAAAUCUGAGGAAUAUGCACCCCAGCACAUAAGGGAACUCCUUCAGAUUGCUGCUUCUAAUGCCGAUGCCGACUGUGAUCGGCAUGUGGAGCACUUUCUGAACGGAAAGAUUGACGUGCAGACGUUCCUCAACACCUACCAAAGCUCCAAGAAGAUCAGCGCCGAGCGCAAAGCCAAGGAAGAGCGCCUAGGCACACAGCUGAGUGCCCUGGAGCGGGCCGGAAUUUAGGCUCGAUCGAGGAACACAUUGGCUGUGCAGUCCACUCAAUGUUAUCUCAACUCACUCGUCCAUCCAUUCGCUACGAGUCGCAAUAAUAGAGUCUAAGCAGGAUAAUCAACAAGGAAACCCGAACAGAAAAUAUAUGGUAAAGGGCGAUCCCCGCGAUCCCCGCCAGAACAGAAAGCAAAAGUGUGGAAGAAACGCCGCGAUAAGAGCUAGUUGUACGCUAUAUUUAAAAACAUGUUAAUCGGUAGAGUGGCUUGUAAUUCUAAUUAUACUCCUAGAACGAAACGCCUGUGUGUUGUAUCCCAAAUCCAAAUCCAGUCCCCCCCAAGUUCAAAUCGCAUGUAUUACCCAUAGGCUACAAUUGUAGUAGGUCCCCUUUUUUUGUCCCAAGGCCAGCCGAAUCGAUAUAUAAUUGUACAAUGUAUAUUUAAUAAACAUGAUUUAUCUGAAA